AUGUCGUCGGUUCAAGUGGCGCCCACGCGCAUGGCGCUAACGACGUUCAAGACCAAGAGUGUCAGUGCCAAAAAAGGGUUUGAACUCUUGAAGAAAAAAGCUGAUGCGCUCAAGAUGCGGUUCCAAGCCAUGCUCCGAGAGAUCCAAAAGACGAAAAUGUCCAUGUCGACCGAGGCUUCCGAGGCCUUUUUCUCACUCACGCAGGCGCAAUACGCGGCUGGUGACUUUCGUAAUAAAGUCAUCGAGUCCGUGACCACAGCUGAGAUCCGCACGCAGAACCGCAUUGACAACGUGGCCGGCGUGAAGCUGCCAGUGUUCACGGAGGUGGAAGUCAGUCGCGAGAAGAGUGACAACAUUGGUCUUGCUGGAGGCGGUGGCAAGAUACAAAACUGUCGUGCCAAGUUUCGCGUGCUACUGCGUGCGCUGAUCAAACUCGCGUCGCUUCAGACGUCUUUUGUGACUCUGGACGAGGCUCUGAAGGUGACGAAUCGCCGUGUGAACGCGCUGGACAAUGUGACGAUCCCCCGCAUCGAGAAUACCAUCUCGUACAUCUCGAGGGAGCUUGAUGAGCUGGAGCGCGAGGACUUUGUGCGCAUCAAAAAAGUGCAGGCGAACAAGCAAGUCAUCGAGAAGGCUGUCCAGGCCAAGAAGAAAGAAGCGGCUGCAAAGAAUGCUUUGGCCGAGGACCCGAUCGCUGAUGUUGUGGCAUCGGACCACGACAUUCUUUCCCAGUACGAGCUUUCCGCCGAUGCAGAUGUGGUGUUCUAG